AUGUAUGGGUAAACAUUUUAGCUAACCUUCAAAGGUGACAAGCAAUAUAAAACAAAGUUUGGAGGGUUCAUUUCGACAAUGGUGCUUUUCUCUAUUAUAGCUUUUGCAAUUUUCAAGUUGAAUGUUAUGAUAAGUAAUUAUUUAAGACUAAUGAAAUUAGUGAAAUCUGACAGCAAGACAAGCAAAAAUACCAUUUUCAAACAGGAAUAUAUCGACCCUGAGAUCGUCUAACUUAGUUAAAACAAAUUUGAUGUUGCUUUUACUACAAACUAGCCGCUAAAACCUGAAUUCGGAGAAAUCCAAGUAUUCUUCGAUAAUUAAACUAGAGUUUACAAUUCAACUACUCAGAAAUUAAACCUAGUCCUUUGCGGGACCUAGCAUUUCCUUUACCAGGACUUAGAAGAAGUAAUUUUCAAAGGAAUAGACAAGUUCUUGUGCAUCAAGGAUAAAUCUUUCCUUAAAACUGGAGGAGCUUUUCAGAUUGAUUUCUAAGUCAGAUAUGUAAACUAAUACUUUGACUCAAAUGAUUUUGAGUAACCUAUUAAGGCAUAUAUUGAAGAUAGGUUAUACCUCCCAUUAGAAUAUUAUACCAAAAAGGGGGCAGACAUAUUUGUCAAAAGAAAUAUUGCAAUAUUAUAAGAUAGUCUUAUUCCAUUUAACCCAAUUAAGAAUCUUACUUUUUUGCAAACAGAAAAUAUCAAGUUCUUUCAAGCUGAUAAAAAUAGAAGAGGCUUCUCAAUCUUACAUUUAAAUAUUAGAAUCGAUUUUUAAUACGACAUCUAUGAGAGAUCUAUUUAUUCUUUUUCAUCCCUUUUGUCUGAUAUCGGGGGUAUCUAUAAUGCUCUAUUUCUCUUUGGUUAUAUACUAGCAUUUCACACUGGCUCCAAGAUAUUUUACGCUCGACUUAUUCGAGAAAUAUUUUAAGCCACAGAGUCUAAAUAAGAUAAAUUCAGAAAAAAAUAAUGGCAGCUAGAAAAGCCUAAGAAUUAAGAUAUGUCAUUAGUUGAGAACAGUUUAGAAAAGGAUAAAGAGAAUACCAAAUGA